UUUAGAAUAGCUUUCUGUUUUUCAAAUAUUAUGUAUAAAAUAAUAAAUUAUGACAAUUUUUAUUAACAUAUUAAGAUGUUUUAUUACAUUUAUGAUAUUUACACUGUAAAAAUAUCCAUGCUCUUACAAGACAAAGUACUGUAUUUCAAUUAUACUAAGUGUCCAUAUUAUUGCAAAUACAGGACUGUUAUUUUCCCCAACUUCGCAUGCAUUCUGGGUAUUGCAAAAGCUGUUGGAGAUCACGAGCCUGAAGACAUUUUACGGCUUUACUGUGACAGUCUCCAAACCUGCUAUCAGAAAGAGCAUCACCUCUGGGGUAACAUGUGUUUCUGUAGAUUUAUUCAUAUUAUUAGUUGGUCAUUAGAUAAUUAUGGUGAACUCUGUUGUUCAAUGUAUAAAAUUUAACUGUUAACCCUGCUGAAAAAAAAACAACAAAGACCAGCAUAGCUGGUAACCAGCAUGACCAGCAUAAUGCAUGUGAUUAUACCAGCAUAUAUUGUAUUUUAGUGCCGGGUGACCAGCAUCAUUAAUGAAAUAUUGCUGGUGGAACAGCUUCAGUUGCAAGUGUGGAAAGAAAAUUGGACAUUGGUAGACCCGGGAGGGGAGGCAUAUUGGGUCUGUUAUGUCUUAGGCAAGAAGAGAUUGUUUUGAAUACUGCGCGACCUCGCUUCAUGAUAGCUGUCUGCAGUUAGUUCCACAGACACUGAAGAGAGAUCAGACCUUAGAGAGACAGACAGUGGAGUACGGGGGGAACUGCCUGCGGAAGGUAUUCGAAGCUACCCCAACUGGUGCACAUAGAGUUGUAGUUAUAAAGUAGUCGCAGUAGGCCUUAUGCAAUAUGUUAUGGGUAGUACAAAUAUAUUAUUAUGUUAAUCCUAUUAAAUGUUAACCAUGUAUUUACAGUGAUUCAAAGACAAUAUGUCAAUACCAAUCUUGAAUCAAAGGUCAACCAAAUAUUCACAGUGAUUCAAAGUCAAUAUAAUCAAUAUCUAUAUUCUUAUCUCAGGUAGCCUAGCAGUCAAGACAUGCUCUGGUAAACUGAUCAAAAUGGGUAGGUUUUACCUUGCUGCCAAUGUGAACCUUUAGAACUUGGUUUGUUAGUGUUUUGUGACCAAUCAGGACUUAGAAGUCCUUACAGGGAAUUGGUUAUUAUAGUCUAUCAACUGGUUGCUCUUUGUUCUCGGGGUACCUGGUGCUAGAGUGUGACGGGAGCACUUUGCUGGAUUGCUUGAAUAAAAGAGAACUCUCUCACCAACUGAGAGGUCUGGGCCCAUAUUCACAAAGCUUCUUAAGCCUAAAAGUUGCUCCUAGUGAUGAAAUUCUAAGAAAAAUCUUAGAAUUAUGGCAUUUUCCUAGAAUUUCCCCUUAAAUUUAGGAUUAAAUCUUAGUAACGAUAAAAAUGAUUCACAAAACAUAUUAGCCCUAAAAACAGCUUCUAAGGUAAAAUUUGUUAAGAGUAGAGAGGAGGACUUUUAAGAGGCUUAAGAGUUUCUAUAGCAGAGGACAAAAUGACGGACAGAAGAAAUAUUCUCCAAACACUGAAUGAUCAUGAGUUAAUUAAACGCUACAGAUUGGAUCAUGAUGGGAUAAUGUUUGUGGUCGAACUUAUUAGAGAUGCGCUCACAUCUCCCACUCAACGUAGUAAUGCCAUAACGCCAGAAAUGAAAGUGAUUACAACACUGAGGUAUUUGGCAACUGGAAAAAUGCAACAGUGCAGUAGUGAUGACUUGUGUCUGUCACAACCUUCCAUCAGCAGAGUGAUCACACAAACUAUUGAAGCGCUUUCACAGUCUCAUAUAGUGAAACAGUUCAUUUCAUUUCCACUGGACGUUCGCACUCUGCAGGCUCACAAAAGGGCAUUCAUGGACAUAGCGGGGUUUCCCGGUGUUGACGGUGUAAUUGAUGGGACACACAUCUGCAUAAUCACACCAUCGGAAAAUGAAGAUGUUUUUGUCAACAGAAAGAGGUUCCACAGCAUCAACACGCAACUUGUUUUCAGUGCAGAUUACAAGAUUUUAGACAUUGUUGCAAAGUGGCCAGGCUCAACACAUGAUGCCAGGAUACUGUCCGAGAGUGGCCUGAAACAGCUUUUUGAAGGACAUUAUGUGCCAGUUAACUGUCAUUUGUUAGGGGACAGUGGCUAUCCAUGCAAACCAUGGCUCCUCACACCGUACCUCCGCCCAGACCCAGGACCACAGCUAAACUACAACAGAGCCCACAAGAAAACACGUUCAGUAGUUGAGCGGGGUAUUGGCCAGCUGAAGAGGAGGUUUCAUGUGUUGCAUGGAGAAGUGCGCCUGUCACCAGCUAAGGUCUGCAAAGUCAUUACAGCCUGUGCAGUGCUUCACAACAUCUGCAAAGUACGACAAAUCCCCGAACCUCUCGAAAGCAGCCAUGGUAACAGUGAUGAAGGUGAUUGUAAUGAAUAUGAUGAAGACAUUCAGUUUACCCAGGGGAGAGACAUGUCCCAGAGUGGGCUUCGUCACAGAGCUCAAUUUACAAAUUUGCAUUUUAGCAGGGAUGGUGUUGAGGUGGCUGCAGCAGGCUGGUUUAUCUGAUACACUGGCCGAGGGUCACACAUCUGCGACGUUGACGGUCGCGGUUCCUCUGAUGGUUCCAUGCUGCAAAAAAUGCAGAAAACAAUUCUUUUGUUUAUUGUUUUGUUUGUUGUUCACAUGCGAGUGCACAAAAGAUGGCACAUUGUCUAUAUAUUAAA